GGCGUUAAUGUAUUUCCGCGCUAGAAGCAUAUUUCCUCUUUCUUCCUAGGAAAAAUUCUCUCGAUUCGGCUAAAUUUGUGUGCUUUCUUUACAUCCUUCGUGGUGCUGUCAUGACAUAUAACAGAGGAUUUUUAAACAUGGCAGACCUGAAGGAUGAUAACGCAUCGAGUUGUGUAGAAUCAUCACAGGUCAUCGAAUCUUCGUCGCCCGACUCUAUGUCGUAUAAAGUAGUUUCUUCAAAUGGAGUUGAUUACAAUCUUGAACGGCGGAAAAAGAAGAAGAGUAUGUUCGAGAGAAUAUUUGGUAAAUUUACGAAAAAAAAACGCUCCACAGAAACGUAUGCUGAUAAAUCUCAAAUCAAAACAAGCCGUGAUAAAGAUAAACCUCUACCUCAUGAAGAUGAAGUGGAAGCAAAUUCACAAUCUCCUAUAGUAAAUACAAUUAACCAAUCUUCAGUAGGAGGUGCAGGUUUAAAAUGUAUAAAAAAUAAUUUAGGUCCUUUACAAAUGUCAAAUAAUGAAACUUCAGCUUCGUCUGGAGAUUCUGUUGUACUAAGUUUACCUGUAAAGCGACCAGAAACCAUGGCUGGAAAAGGUGCUAUGCAAAUGCCUGAGGUUUUACAAUGUAUUUCCCCGACUACGCCCUGCUCAAGUUCAAGUCUGCAUACAAAUGUACAAAAACAAACUAAUAUAAUGGAUUCCAAGUUAUUAAAAUGUCCAAUGAAGCAACCAAUACCUGUUCCUCCUCCCAAGAUUGAUGACACACACGCCCGAUCUAUUACUUCCAAUGUCACAACUACAGAAACAAGUUCAUCUUCGAUCCUGCCGAAUCAACCAGUUUCUAUUAUGGUGAAAUCUACAAAAUUUCCUCGAACUAAUGAUAUACCCUCAAAUCCAGAUGCUCAGAAUUCGCCGCAUAAUUACGAUGAGGUUCCUACACAUGAGCCAGAUAGUAAUAAGCAGCCUAAACGUUCUGCCAUGAAGGGGGGUAGGUUAGCAGAGAGGAAGAAACUCAUAGAACAAAAGCAUCAUGAAGUAGUUGUAGCAACAAAAAAUGAAAAAAUAAAACCAAAAGUUGCUCCUAAACCUAAACCAUUUAACCCUUUAAGGAUUUCUAGUGAUAACAAGGAAAAUCUUGUACCCACACUUGGAGAUGUACCUUAUGAACAAGAUAAUAUUCACACUAACGGCCAAUUACUCACUAUUAAAAUUGAGAGGAAAAAUAGUUUGAAUCGUCUCCUCAUGCAAAGACCUGGGAAAAGAGAAUUGAUAGAAAGGCAUAUCCUUCAAGAGUCAUCAGAGUCUGAUCGAGCAAAAGUAAGGGAGGAUAUUGGUAUUCAAUUAAAUAGGCGACUAAGUUUACGUCCGACAGCCGAAGAGCUAAGAGAGAAAAAUAUAUUACACAUUCAAACAAAUGAACAACGUAUGCAACAAAUUGAAGAGACAAAGAAAACAUUAACACGAAAACUAAGCUACCGUCCCUCAGUUGAUGAGUUGAGGCAAAGGAAAAUUAUUCGUUUUAAUGAUUAUGUAGAAGUGACAGAUGCAAAUGAAUAUGAUCGGCGAGCCGAGAAACCAUGGACAAAGUUAACUGCGAAAGAUAAGGCAAUUAUUAGGAAAGAAUUGAAUGAUUUCAAAUCUCAAGAAAUGAAUGUUCAUGAAGAAAGUAAAAGAUUUACAAGAUACCAUCGGCCGUGA